AUGGGAGGAGUUAAGUUGUGGUUCCAAGAACUAUUUGAAUUUGCUGAACAUUUUGCUAAUGAAGUACAAACUGUGAAACGGACUUUCCUAGUGAUGUCACCUCAACGGCGCCCACACUUGGCUAUGACCCUGAGAGCCCGGGCAACAUUCUUACCACCACGAGAAACUGGCGGUUGGAGAGGUCACAACAGAAGGCAUUACUUGGAAUUCUCCGAAUCACUCGCGGUAUAUUAUGUCAAACUAAACAGACUUUACUGCGCGGGAUCAUUAAAAAGAUUUAGGCAAGAUCGUAUGAGGAUUAAGGUGCCUUAUAAUAGAUUAUUGAAGAAGAGAAGGAUUGGAAAACCGAAAGCCCACUGGAUGGGUCAGAGGCAAAGUAGCAGGAUUCGCUGCAGAGAACAGACUGACGGACCAUGA